ACAUGAAUAAUACACACAAAUCGGCACAUCGCACGUUCAUAUAUAAGCUCCCGAACACCGGACGUUGCACCACUCUGUACACGCCGGCGAUCGCGCGCUCGCACCGGUUUUGCUAACAGUAUUAGUAUUAUUAUAUAGUUCCUGUACGUACGGAUCAACUUCCAACAGCAAACCAUGUCUCCGUCCGUCAUAGCAAUCUCGUUUACCUUCGCUCUCGCCUUCGCCGUGUUCGGUCUCGCGUCGUCCGCCCCCGACUUGCAGCAGCAGCAGCACCGAGCCGAAGAAGGAUCAUCGUCGGCCGGAGGACUAGGCAUGGUCCUGUGGUCCGUGCUGGACGACUGUUUCGGCGACGAAUCCGAUGGAUCUGCCGCUAUAUGCCUCAAGUCCAAAGCGCUGACCGCCCUAGAUCGGGCCCUUAGCAAACCCACCGUGGUGGUCGCGGAAGGCGUGUCGUUGUCGGCUCGCGCCGGCAAAUCCCUGCUGGUCGACCCGCAGACAGAGAAAGCCGACCGUGCAGCCUUAGACGCCGUCAAGGACUCAGAUCGUAAAAGCGCCAUGUUGAACGAUAUGCUAAUCGACCGGAUGGACAGGCUCAUGUCCUCCAGGACCAUCGUGUUAGAUGGAUCGGUCGAUCAAGAAGGUCGUGGUAAGAAGAAGGACAAGGGCAUGAAACAAGCAAUGAUGAUGGCCGGUAUGACGGCAGCCGCGGUCAUGGGUCCGAUGGCGUUGAAAAUGCUCAUGAUGAUGGCUGGUAAGGCAUUGUUGUUGAGCAAAAUUGCUUUAGUCCUGUCCGGUAUAAUUGCUAUCAAGAAAUUGCUUAUGUCGCAAAAAGGCGAACAAGAACAAGAGUCUCAUCCUCCUCAACAUUGGGGCCGCAGUAUGCAAUUCGAUGCUCACGAUAUAGCGUACUCUGGUCAAAAAUAAUAAGAUUUAGUCGUAUCAACGUACGGGAAAUGAGACAGAUCAAUAAUUCAAUCUACCACAGUCUCUAUCAACAAUGCGUUGUUGUAUUUAAUUUAUUAUAAUUUAUUCAACUAAAGCGUCACGAUUAUCGAAUUAUUGACGUGUUACUAUUAUUAAAGAGUUAUACAAAUUUUCA